CUAUUGAUGAUGCAGGAAUAAUAAGCCCAUUAAACAUGCACUGACUGCUGGAGACGGCAAGCUGCUCGCAGGAAAUCCAGUGUUAGCCACAAUCAUUGCUUUUCGAGCAUUUGCAGUGAAUUUCAGACCUAGGACGAUCUGUAUUGCACCUAAUGGAUGCUUCUUGAAGUCCUUCUUUUAAUCCCAUCCCUGCACUGACCAAGCAAGGAUCCUGAUGCAGCCUCUUUCCCCUACUGCCCUAGCUGCCUCCGUGUAAAUGCCAAUGCAUACACUAGAUAUCCAUCCUGCUCCUCCCUGUGUGAUGCAUUUCAGGAGACCAAGGAACCCUCAGUUAUCAUGGGCAAUAAGCAAACUAUAUUUACUGAUGAACAGCUAGAUGCUUAUCAGGAUUGCACUUUCUUCACCCGAAAAGAAAUCCUCCGGUUACACGCACGGUUUUAUGAGUUGGCUCCUAACAUGGUGCCGAUGGAUUAUACAGAUGACCCAGAUGUGAAACUGCCCAUGCAGCUUAUCAUUAAUAUGCCUGAACUGAUGGAAAAUCCUUUCAAGGAGAGAAUCGUGCAAUCUUUCUCUGAAGAUGGGGAAGGGAACCUUAGUUUCAAUGACUUUGUGGAUAUGUUCUCUGUGAUGAGCGAGAUGGCUCCCCGUGAGCUAAAAGCAAUCUACGCCUUUAAGAUCUAUGAUUUUAACACAGACAACUUUAUAUGUAAAUCUGAUCUGGAGAAAACUCUGAACAAAGUAACACGAGAAGAACUGGAGGAGGAAGAGGUGACACUGGUAUGUGAGAAGGUUAUUGAAGAGGCAGACAUGGACGGUGAUGGAAAACUGGCAUUCGCAGACUUUGAGAAUAUGAUAUCCAAAGCUCCAGAUUUUCUGAGUACCUUCCAUAUAAGAAUAUGAAGAUGUGUUCAAUGUUUUCACUGGUUCAGAACUACUGGAUCUCAGGCAUCCACAGGACCCAACCUGCAAAAAAAACCUGGCCACCUUUAUACAGGAAGCCUAAUUUACAAAAGGAAAUUCAGUAUUCUCUAGUAUUCAUAGAUGAAUCUGACUGCAUUUUUUUAAAAUACUAAAACUUUUCUUAUAGUUAAAGCAAAAAAAAAUAAGAGGAAUUUUGUAUAGACUACCACUCCUGAAGAGGAAUAAAGAUGAAUAUGCGGGGCCUUAUGUGAGAAAAUAUGGAUCUUCAAUAUAAUGCUAAACCAUUUGGCUGUUUAACACAAUUUUUUUUAAGUGUAUUAAUCACAAUACAUUAUCACUCCAGCUGUAAACGCCUAGUAUCACUAUCAUGGAAUAUAAAUUAUAUAUUAUAUUUUUAAAGGGCUUAUAUCUGCUUGAGAAAAGGACAUAAGUGAUUGAGGUGCCAUUCUGGACUGUCAGCAUGCGUUAUUCAAGAUGACUCAGGAACAAGUGGAUAAGAUCACACUUUUACACUAUGUGCCAGGGCUAAGUAAUGAAAACAAAAAUAUAAAUAAAUAUAAGCUUUUUGCCUUUGAGACCUGGGUAUAUAUGGUGUUGUAAGCCAGUGUGAAUAGCUGAAGACAUCAUUUGAGACUUAUAAACAUCAGUUAUCCUACUUCCAACAGAGGGCACUGAGUUAAUGGUUAUUUUAGCAGGUGGUCUCUUUACCUUGAAUAGACUUCAGCUUUGCAGUGUGGUGAUUGUCAAGGGACAUGACUUGGUAUCGUGGAAGACAGGACGAUCUCAAGGGCUAGCUUGGAAGCACGAACACUCAUUCUAAUCCAUGGACUAAAGGCCGCACAAGCAGAGGCCUCAACCAGAACAAAUCAGUGAACUUCUAAAGGGCAUUGCUUAUAAGGGAGAUGUUCUGAAAUAUUAAUGCCUCUCCCAUAACUAACAUGGUGCCUUUCAUAGUCAUUGUGAGUUUCUGUACAUGUCAUUGGAUAAAUCUGUCAUUUUUUCUGUAAGUGAUCACAAUUAAUCACUUACACAUGGGUAAUAUGUCUGUAAGUAAAAGGAAUAUGUUGCACAGCUCUCGUUUUUUGUUUCCUAGAGAUUGCUACUUAAAAUUUACUUUUGAGUCCUGGGAAAGAUAUCUUCUUUAUUGAUUGUUUAUUUGAAUGAUUCCAAAACUCAUUAGCAGCUAUCAAAAUAAAUCAUGCCAAGAAACAAAAAUAGUAAAUGAAAACAGAAAAUGUACAUAUGACAUGGAAGACGUUGAUGGUGUUAGAGAGAGGGUAGAGAGUACCCUGCUUGUGAAUAAUUAUAGUCAAGAGAGGAAUGGCUGUGCUGAGACUGUAGGAACUAUUGGGACUAGGAGUGCUCAUUAGGACUGUAACUGCCAGUAUGAGUCUGGUAUAUUUUGUUGAAAAUGUUGAAUGAUUAGAAUGUCAACAAAAUGUCCUGGUGGCUCUAGUGGUGACUUACCUGAUCCGGCGGCUCCAGUGUUGUCUUCCGAGUCUGCUAUGACAUCAGGGUGUAUCCUGGGGAUCCUGCAAUGCUUCCAGCUGUAAUUAUGAUUAACCCUAACCCUUAACCCUAACCUUCCCCCUAGUGCCUAACCCUAAUCUUUCACGUAUCGUAGGUUUUAUUGAAGGUGUUGAUUUAGAGAGAAAAAGAGUCUGAUGAGGUGGUAUUAGACAGUUUCAUGACUGAGCAGAAGCAUGGAAGAAACCUUGGAGGCAGGAGUAAGAAGUGGUCAUCAGAGAAGAGAUGAGGCAAAGUUCUGUGGCACAUGGGCUGGAAUGGAAAGUAUCUUGUGACAAUGUCAGAAAUGUCUGAACAGGUGAAGGUGUUGGUGAGUAGUUUGAGUUGGAUGAUGGAGGUUAUGGAGAGCCAGUGUAGGGAUUUGCAGGAUGGGGCAGCAGAUGUGGAGAGGAAGAUCAGUGUCACUAUGAGAUUAAGGACAGAUUGUAGUAUAGAUAGGUGGGUGCGGGGAAGGCUAGACGUAGCAGUGUGUUAACAGGGCAUCCAUACAUUUGCUAAAUUUGGUGAGGGUGUGCAGAGGGAAUUGCAGGCUAUGCUGAGUGUGGCCCAAAACUAGAGCAUUGAAGGACUUCAACAGAUAUAGGAAGUGGAGACACGAAAGAAUGGUGGGAAAAACAGAGUAGUUCAUGCCUAGGUAGUAAAGGGUAUGCAGGAGAAGAGUGUGUCCAACUUUAUUAAAAGAAGCAGAGAGCUAAAAGAAGAUGAGUAGGGAGAAGUGGCUCUAGACCUUAUCCAUGAAUUGAUCAUUUAUCACUUUAAGAAUAGUAAAUCAAUUUAGUGUAGAGGGCAGAAACUCAAUCACACAGGGUUGAGGAGGAAGUGGAGAGAAAAUAGGAUAGGUGGUUUGGAUUCCUUCCGAACAUAUUUAUAUUAUGCAGCAGGACGCUUAUUGGGCCUACUGGGGCGUGGCCUUGUGUCCACUAGAUCACAAACCUGGUAUGAUGUUAUACAGGUGUGUCUGCAUGUCACUCCCUCAUUCAAGCAACUGACACAUGGCCGUGCCCCUCUCUAGGGAGGCCAUCCCGGGCCAUUUUUUCAAUCACGGGUAUCGGGAUUGAAAAAUGGACAUUCCCGGGAUACCCAUGGUUGGCUUUACCCUAUGUAUCCACCCCCCUCGCCCCACCCCACACACAUAACUAACUAACCAUACAACGAGGGUAGGCAGGUAGGGAACAUCCAUCUCUCUCGGCGGCGGGUGAACUGUAACGCUGCGCUGGGGAGCUGGGAGGAGGCAGCCAGCCAGCCAGCGUCUGAGCGUCCUGAGGAUGCUCAACGCUGAUCCCUCAGUCCCCGGGAUUGGAGCUUCCAAUCCCGGGAUUGAAUCCCAGCCAUUUUUGGCCCUAAAUACCGGGAUCACACCGAUCCUGAUCCCAGGAUUGGCCUCCCUACCCCUCUCUGAAAUGGGCUACACUGCAUUAUCAGAAAUGUACAGUAUAUAGCAAAACAUUUUCUACUGUAAUUUUGUUUGGUGUAAUCGCUAAAUUACCCAAUUUACCCAGCUAAAUUGGUUUUAAUAUCAGCCUCAGAUCCGGAUACAAAUAAGCCUCUUAGGUUUUUUGGUUGUAAUAUUAAUGUGGAAAUAAGUAGUACUGUUUUUAUUUUCUAAUGCUGCAGCAUGUAUUGUAUAUGAUGAAAUUCUUUUUAUUUGUGCUUAUUUAGAGUACUAUUUUUUAUGAAUAAAAAAGAUUGAAUAUAAAA